AAUCCACAGCCGAGUUUUUAUCCGAAGAGCUGCAGGGGAUGUAGGGAAGAGGAAAUCUUGGUUUUUAAAACACCGACGACAAACUUCAGAUAUCAAGGUGAAGACUCCUGCAACAUGGACGGCUUCUACGACCAGCAGGUCCCCUUUGUGGUCCCUGAGAGUAAAUGUCCCGUAGAGGGAGCAGAGAGAUGUUUCAGCGACAGGAAGAGGAAGUUCAUGGAUACAGAGCUGGCUCAGGACACAGAAGAGCUCUUUCAAGACCUGAUCCAGCUCCAGGAAAUAUGGAUCGCAGAAGCUCAGGUUCCCGAUGACGAGCAGUUUGUCCCAGACUUCCAGUCCAAUAAGUUGAUGUUUCAUGGACCUCCUCUGAGCAAGGUGAAGCGAGAGCACAGCCCGUCUCCCUGCAGGACGCCUCACGCUGACAUGUGCCUUUACAGCUACAGGUAGUGUGUGUGUGUGUGUGUGUGUGUGUGU